UUCCGAACGAUAAUAUACAAAAUCGAAGCGUGUGAGUUCCGACUGUUGAUUACGGUGACAAAAAGUUGUGGUAAACCUUCCUUUUAAUGCUUGAGUGACAGUAUACAGAUGCCAUUCAUUUAUGGAUACUAAAAUGAUGUACAGCGUUGUGUAUUAGACCAGAUGGUUGUGUAAUUUCACUGGUCUCAAACAAAACACAGACCGGCUUUUCCGCCGAGAAGUGAACUUUUCAAGAUGGAUGUAUUACCAAGUGGAAACAUUUUUCGUGAGCUUCAAGUUGUGCAUGAUACAGGAUAUUUUUCGGCUCAACCAUCUCUAGAAGAUCGUUGGCAACAGAAUUGUUUGGAAAUGGAAAGAUAUUUAAAAAGUGAACCAAAAUUAACUUCUUACAAAAAAAUAUCAGACACAAACCCAUGGGACGAUUGUGUAAAUUGUGAUUCAAAGUAUACCGAACCUGAUGGUAUCCGAUUAGAAAUGAAGGACGAAAAUGGUGAAUUUCAUCAUUUAGCCGAUUUAGAUGAUUAUGAAGGAUCAGAUGAUGAGGACGAUGAUGAUGAUGAAGACGGCAAUGAAACAGAAACGGAAGAGAGACUUCAGCAGUUAGCACAUUUAAAUCUAAAUGACCCUUGUUCGGAUAGAAUUAGUUUACAUAGUUUUAGUUCUGCAUCAAGUGGUGUGUCAUGGGACAGUAACCAUAGUGACCCGCCAUUAUCUCCUAUUAUUCCUAAAUCUAAUGACCCAUUUGCUCUAAGACUUGUUGCUCAACCAGGCCGCACAACGACAGUGGCAGUGCGAAUACCUCAAGCAGAAAUGAUGCGACAUCAGCGAUAUUAUAUCACAAGUCCCAGUGGGGCCAAUGGACGACCUCGCCCUUACACUGCUCAACCACUUCAGCAAAGACCCCCAGUAGCUUUAAAUGGCAAAAUUCGUACAGAUGUUAGUCCCGACAUGCGUAGACGAAAUCACAAAUGCCCAUAUAAUGGGUGUAAAAAAGUUUACACAAAAAGUUCUCAUUUAAAAGCACAUCUUCGGACACAUACAGGGGAAAAACCAUACAAAUGUACGUGGGAAGGAUGUGAGUGGAGAUUUGCACGAUCAGAUGAACUGACGAGACAUUAUAGAAAACACACGGGUGCAAAACCAUUCCGAUGUAAAGUUUGUGAUAGAUGCUUUUCACGUUCAGAUCAUUUAGCAUUACAUAUGAAAAGACACCAAACGUCAGACUUAUAGCAUCAGGGUCAGCUAGGAGUUUUAAGAAAUCUCAAACUUAAUCAUGACCACAUAAUAUAUCGAGAAAAAAUGUAUCUCAUAUUCUAGAAUCAAAUUCUAGUGAGGAAUAAUGAUCUGUGUUAGUCUCUACGCAUUAUAUCGUCAUAGAAACCAGAAUGCCGAGAUGUUUAGAAUAUCAGCCAAUCAAGAUCAAACGAAUCAUUUAGUGCUUUUCAGUCAAAACAAAUGUACUAUUUAACGUUAUAAGGAUGCAGUUAACCUUGUUAUGAUUACAUUUUUACUUACACUUUAACAAUGCAACUUGUAUUAACUGAAUUUCUGUACACGUAUAUUAGUUCUUAUGAACAAAACCUAAUUUAUUGGAAUUUUUGCCUCUAUCCAACCAUCCUUUAAUUACUUAAAUUAUGGGAAAUAACUAUGUAUAAAUACAGACAAUUUUUCAUUUUUUCAACACUAAUUAGAAUUAAGUCUGCGACAAAUAUUUUCGUGUCACAUAUUCUCAUGUGUUAUUACCAGAUUAUAUAUGUACAUUUUUAUUACAAACAUGUUACAAAAAACAGCUAGAUAUGCCUUUGGAAUUUAUUCAGAAAAAAAUACGAUUUUAUUUAGACUCUUCAGUCAUGUCAAUGUUAAAUUACUUUUCCUUCAAGGUUAAUUUUCAAUUUUCAUUCAUGCCAAAGGUAACCUUUUGUAUUGCUUUGAAUGUUUCUGUAGAAAUUUGACCUAGAUUUUCUGCCCUUGACUUUUAUGUACUAGUUGAAGAUAAAAUGAACUAAAGACCUUAGGCCGAUUUGUUUCUUACGAUCAAGCAUAAAGUUUAAUUUUGUCAGAUUAUUGAUGACAUUAUACAUAUUAUAUGUUAAAAUCUUCUUUUCUGUGUUAUGUGAUGGGAAGAUUAUGGGGUCAAGGUAAUUUAUAUGCAUUAAAAUCAAUAGGUAGACGGAAAUCAGAUGAUUUUUCUCUUAAAAGUGCUAUAUUACUGUAUAUAAGACAUCUUUUUAGAACCUAGGGGAAUAACAUAUUUACUUCAUUCAUAACCAUGGGAAGAAAAGCUCCAGGAAAGGGAUUAUCUCCCCUUUUUGUUGAUGAACUGAUUAAAAGGGAGAUAAUUCACUGUUGGUGUAACAUCUAGUGCAUUCAGAGUUGUGCAUCAAAAUGAUACAAAUGCAUAGGUGUUAUAUAUUAUAAUCAAGAUUUUGGAAAAAGAAAAAUGAAUUGUUUUGAAAUCCUACUAUGUGUAUGAGAAUUAAAUAUUCAGAUUUUUAGUGUAAAUUUUCCUGUUAUAUUGUAUUAUGGUUAAUGUUAUGUUUUUGGUAUUUUUGUUUUACAGUAAUUUUUCAUAUACAGUAAUUUAAACAGUGCUAUAAAGAUAUCUAUGUAAAAUUACUAUUCAGCUAAACUUUUACUGGUAAUAUUGACUUCUUUAAAUUUAAAAAAAAGAGAAGGGAUUAAGCAGUCAAAAAUAGAAAGAGUUAAUUCAAAAGACACACAAAUUUUUCCGUCAUAAGGAUUGGGGAAAGGGACUUAACCAAAUCUAAUCCCAUGGAUCCCUAACUUGUACAGCCAGAGAGUAGUUAAAAUUAACCAAAAACAAAUUAAGUUUAGAUAUACUGGACACAAGUGGGGCACAAUUUAAUUUAAUUAACACACCUUUAAUAUUAAAAUGUAUGAUAAACUGUCAAUAAUCCUGGUUUUCAUCAGAUUGAACUAAAAGUAUAUGAACAUGGUUGUCUCCCCUUUAAUAAACAUUGUAAUGUAUUCUAUGUUGUGAUAUUUUGUUUUAUCUGUGCUUUAUCACCAAUAGUGCAUUAAUUAUUCCAUAUGAAAAAAUUAGUUUGAGUAAAUAUAGACUUAAGGAUAAGGUAUUUAACCCUUCAGAUCAUUAAUGUGUUUGUUGAAGCCAGUUUCAUUGGUGCUUUUUAAGCACUCAUAUGAAAAAGAAUUAAAAUAAUCUGUUUUGCUUAGAAGAAUGUAUUGAUGAAAAUGGUUCAAACAAACAUACCAGUGAUUCUUAAGAGUUAUCUCCCUUAUUCUAGGUCAACUUAAUAUGAAUAAAAGGUCAUGAGAUGAAACCAAAAAAUGAAAGGGAAAAAAAACAAAUUGAUCUAGAGGUCAACACACCAUCUCAAGUUUGUGGUCUUGUGGCAUUGUAUCAAUUUAUUUUAUUUUAUAUUUUGAAAAUACUGAUUUAAUAUUUCCAAUACAGAGUUACUGGUAAUCAUUUCAAGCAGAAAGAUAGUGAACUGUGAACUGAAAUUAUAAGGGGUGUUCCAUUGAAAUGGCUGUAAAAAGGGCAAGAAGGGACUCCCAAAGACCCGUACAACCAACAUACCUUGUUUGGGUAAUUUUGCAAACAUCAAAUGAACAUAAAACCAUAAAUGACCCCUGAACCAUGAACCAUGACCAAUGAACCAUGACCCAUGUACAAAAAUAAAAAUUCCCUUCCUACCCUCUCACAAUCAUUAAAUGGAAUAUUACCCUGAAGUAUAAAACAAUAUACAUAGAUACUAAAAGAAAAAGCUUAGCACUUAAUAUUUAUAAGAAACCUAUUGUAAUGAUGAGAGUACAUUUAAAUCAACAUACUAUGAUAAAGUAAUUUCUUUUCAUUAUAGUUUUUUGAUGCUGAUUAAAUCUCUGAGCUCUUUAAAUGUUGAUAUUGAAACACAGCAAUUUCACUAAUAAAUACCUGGAUACUGAUACAGUCCAGGUAUUGUGACAUGUAGGAUAUUCACUCUCUUGACCUUUGACCUAAAAUAGUGGACAGUUGUAUCAUUUGCAAAUCAAAAUCUCAUCUGGUUUUAUUUGGAAAUAUUAAUUUUGUCACGAUUUAAUUAGUAAACAACCAAUAAAUGAUUUAUUUUAUACUUGAUGGCAAAUACGUGAAGUAUCAGUAAUGAAAAAGUAAUAUGAGAUUGUAUUGGUAUAUUAAUAAUGUAUUAUUAAAAUUGAUUUCUCAUUCUUUAAAUGAAAAAGUGGCUGAUGUCAGCAAAAUUGCUUUAAAAGGUGUUCCUUGGGCUCUGUAUUGACUUAGAAGGAUGGACCAUAUCCCUGGGCUCUGUAUUGACUUAGAAGGAUGGGACCAUAUUCCUGACUCUGAAGGACUUAGAAGGAUGGGACAAUAUCCCUGGGCUCUGAAGGACUUAGAAGGAUGGACCAUAUACCUGGGCUCUUAAGGACUUAGAAGGAUGGACCAUAUCCCUGGGCUCUGAAGGACUUAGAAGGAUGGACCAUAUCCCUGGGCUCUGAAGGACUUAGAAGGAUGGACCAUAUACCUGGGCUCGGAAGGAAUUGAAUGAUUGGCUAUACUAAAAGUUGGCUCAUUACAAAAAUUUCAAAAACACAUAAAUUUCGAUUGUUUUAAUGUAAAUAUUUCAACUCCACCAAAUAUGUUCAAGAUACAUUUUAUUUUGGGAGUGGGCUUGUGAAGGAUAAUUUUUGAUUAGGUGCAAAUGAUCAAAUCACAAAUCACAAGAUCUGACAAACCAAAGCUGAAGUAUUAUGAUUUUAACAUUAUAUAAAAAAACCAUACUCUGAUUUGUAGUUUUUCAUGAACAGAUACCAGAACAUUCAAAUACCAGAUAUUCCUUGCAGACAAUAUCCUUUAGUAUUUUCGCUAUAGUAGAAGGAUGUUAACAUUGGAUAUGCUAAAAUAAUCCUUACUUCAACUUUACGUAUUUGUUCAUACUUGUUGAAGCUGUUGGCAUUUCUAAACUUUCAGAAUACCCCUCUCUGACUUUCUGAGUGUUAUUCAUAAUUUGUUGUCAAGCAAUGUGCUAACUGUUAAAGAGCUAACCAAUUACAUCCUUCAACUUUUCUAAAAUGUGUUGAACCUAAAGGGAAGUUUAGCAAGGACAUACCGGUUAUUUCCCCUUUUUAACAAACUGUGGUGUAAGGGAAGUAACUCUAAUUUGUAUGUGGCAAUUUUUCAUUCAUUAUGCAUUGAUAGUCUGUGAUACUAUGUAUUUUAUUACAUGUUUUUAUAUAUUAAUAUAUUGUCUUGCCUUAAGUAGUUUGAUGUAGAUUUUCCAGUGAAAAAGUAGAAACUUUAAAAAGCCAUGCAUGCAGCAUUUCUAAAUGUUAUGGGUAUUUUUUGUUUUUUUGCAACAGCUUAAUCAUGUUAAUUAAUUGAAACUAAUUAGAAGGUUUAAGAAUGUUAUAUGAGGAUUUUUUCUUUCACAUUGUUUUAUUUAAUUAGUUGUUUCUAAAUCUAUGGGUAAUUUUAUUGUUCUAAAUUAAAAUAAUGUCACAUCAUUGGUUGAAUUUCCAUUGUUUAGGACGGUUUGUAACCAAUCAGAACGUUUUGAUGUAUACUUUUGAAAAUAUUUCCCAGAAUACAAUAGAUUUUCAAAUGGCCAGUUGGUAUUGUCUCAUAUGAACACUUGAAUAUUCUAGCCACAAUAAUGAAUCAGUCAACCCAACCAUUUGUUGAAGGUGCUAACCAAUCUACUAAACCCCAUUGUUUCACUGGCAAUACAAACUAUAUGCAACAUAUUCAUGUGUUAAAAUUAAAAGAACAUUGACAACAUUUGUAGAUUUCACAAAUUUCAAAACAAAUUUGUGUCUAGAUUACAGACUUUAAAAGUUGAAUCAAAAGGAUUAUGUCAUAAAUAAGAUACUGUUACCAUGGUUACAUAUUCAAUAUCAGCAUUAUUUGCAAAGUUGUUCAUUACACAUGUAUUGGAAAGUAGGUGAUUAUAAAUUUGUAUCUUCAAACGGAAAAUUAUUUAAAUAUCUUUUAGUGGGAAAGUGUAUUUAUCAUUCCAAAUGAUAUGAUUAGAAAAAGGGGUGUAUUAUUUUCUGCCAGAACAUGAAAGAUUAGAUUCUUAUGAAUUGAAACCUGGUGAAAGGGGAAAUUACUUAUGAUUUAAUGUAAGCAUAUAAGUUGCUGUAAACAUAACUUUUUUUGUAACUUUUUUUUGUAAACAAUUAUUUUCACAAUUUAUUUAAGGGACUUUCUUGUGUAAAAAGAAACAUAAUUAUAGAGGGUCAUGGAUGUGUCUAACUUGGAUCUUCUGUCCAAUGAACACAUCAGAAGAGUAAGAAAAUCUUGUAAAUAAACCACCAGCAAGUCUUCUAUAAAAGGCUUUGGGCGAAAAAAUUAUCUGUGAAAAUAAGUUGGUUUACAAUAAAUGUAAGAUAAAUUUGGAGUUGUCUUUCUUUGUGCAAAAUAUAGGGUAAUUUUAAAUUUGGUUGAAUAAGAAUUUUUGAUAUAGUAAUAAAUAUAAUGUUUUGAAUGCAAAAUAUCUUAAAUUCUCUAUACUUUUUUAUAUUAAAAUUUUCAUUAGAUAUUUGUAUGAGGUUGAUUAUUAAAGGUUACAUUAUUCAAAAUGAAAUUAAUCAGAUUCAUUACUUACAAAUCAUGUUUAAUCAGCUUUUAGCAUAAAUGAAAUAAGAUUUUUCAUUCUCGUUUCUAACAGAACAAUAAAUGAUCUACAAACCACAUUAUGUAAUCCAGAAGUAUUUAGUAAAAUAUCAACUAAGACGAUUUCCUAUGAUGUAAAAGAACAAGUCAUACCAUACUAGUGAGAAGAAACUCUGAAUAAAAAAAUAAUGUGGAAAUUUAUGUAAAUUUUAGCAUUUGUUAUUGCAAUGUAAUGUUAAUACAAAAAAGCUCUUCGGAAGCACAAAAAUUAUAAAGUGUUAUUUAUAAAUUAUUAAUAUUUGACUUUUUGAACAGCUCAGUUGAAUAUUAUAUAAGAUACAAUUGCUUGCUUUAUUUCUUCUGUUUGACAAACCUCUAAAAUCUAAGUCUAAAUAAAGAAACCAUUUACGCUUCAAAAAUAACCAUCCUGGAAUCAGAGCAACUGGACAUGCAGUAAUUUCACAGUAGUUUGUGUUGCCUUUGCCGGUGAGAAGUUAACAAAUUUUUUAAGUAGCAUUCAGAUCUGAAUUAAAAUGUGAUAAUUUAAUUGAAUCCAUGAUAAUAUAUAUCCCCAUGAGUAUUGAGUGUGUUUCCUAUAUACUGAAAUAUAUUAAAUAUAUUAGUGAAUUGUUAUGGUCAGUCCAGUAACCUUAUGUUACCUUGUUUUACUGAUAUGGUAUAACCUUUCUUUAAUGUGGCACAUACCAUUAUUGUUUGUAGGGAAGGUGUUGAUGUAUGAGAUGCAUCUUAUUAUUUGUUUAUAUGAGAUAUCUUUUUGAGAAUAUGUAUACAUUUAAUUUUGCAAUUUAUUGUUUUAUGUAUAUAUAACUAUUGUGUACAUAUUCUGAAGAUAAGAUAUUGAAUAAAUAUAUAUAUUUAC